AAUCAGCCAGACCCACGAUUUCUUUUUCAAACUGCCAAAUGACGUGAAAAUGAGAGAAGAGCCAACAUUGCUCAAUCUUCCAAAUGAAGUCUUGUUGAAGGUUAUCCGUAACUUGCCACGUCAUGAUAUAUUCUUUGGUGUUGCUCAUGUAAAUAAUCGGUUUCGAGGAUUGGUGCAAAAGAAUUUGAAAACUAUCAGACUAUUUGAAGCUCACUGCCACGUCAACAUCGUAGACAACAGACCUCUAUCAAAAUACCGCGAAGAUGGAACUGACCCGAUUAUCACAUACAGUUUCACACUAUUUGAUACACGAGGACCUGAGUUUACACAAAAACGGCGUCUGUGCCUCCGCGGAAAUGAUGUUCGAUACAAGGAGCUUCAUGUUUCCCAUUUCAGCGAUUCAACAAUGCAAGCUCAAUUUGAAAGAGUUGGAACAAGACAUGAUGUUUCAGUUUCUCCAAUUACUACAAGAACGCUCCUGGCCUACAUGAAUUUGCAAGCAAUCAGAUUUCAAGUUCGGAAGCAAUGCAAACCAGAGUCUCAAAGAAUUGAGGAUAACUUUUUUGCUGACUGUUUAACGUUUUUUGAUAAAGUUUGCGGUCGAGUAGAAAUCAAAUCUCUGCUCCUCUGCUCAAAAACCAUCCUGUUCCCUUGGCAACUUGCACCAAAGUCACUGAUAAAGCUAUCAGAACUUCAAGGUCUUCAAAACUUGAUUUUGGAAAAUAUGACAACCUUCGAUCCAUUCUCAAGUUUUCUGAAACUUCCCACUAAGAAUCUGGCGAGUUUGCAAUUCCGAUUAGAUCCCAGGCAUCGGAUGGAUAUUGAUCAAAUGACAAUGGCACCAGUAAAUGGAUCACUUCUAAAAAUUUUAUCAUCAUCUGCAGUUUACCGUCUUGAUUUCUCCGCUUACACGGAAGUUUCUCAAAUUGUCAGUGCCAUCGAUGCAGUUGACAUGUGCUUUUUUAUCGAGAAAUGGCACUAUUCCCCCAAACCAUGGAUUAUCAAAGGAAUCUCAUUCAACUCUACAGUUACAAUCGAUGAAUUUCGAAUUGCAGUCUAUAAAACUUUACCGCCAAACUUCGCCAUACCUGUCCCCUACUGUCGAUUUCAAACAAGCCAUCGAACCUCGAUGGGCAUCGUUUUGGAAUUGGCAUGCUACGCAAACGGAACAGCAACCCAGUGGAUCAUUCGUACCGGUUACAUAAAUUCGUGUUAGACGAACCAUCAAUUUUUCGGUGAAAAUCAAUAUUUUGCUCAGUGAUUCUGUAUUUUUAAAUUUUGUAUAUAAACGGGUUAAUCA